AUGGACAACAUUCUGCUGCUCUCAGACAGCUACAAGGUCAGCCACUGGCGUCAGUACCCGCCAGGGACGCAGUACGUCUACAGCUACUUCGAAAGCCGCGGCUGCGAUCGAGAGGGCUGGGAUGAAGUUUGCUUUUUCGGCCUGCAGUACUUCUUGAAGCGCUACCUGAGUGGGAAGGUGGUUACCCGAGAGAAGAUUGAUGCAGCGACAAAGAUCUAUUCGCAGCACUUUGGUGAUGGAACAAGUGAGAAUCCAGAGCUAUUUUACAAGGAGGGCUGGGAAUACAUUCUCGAGAAGCAUGGCGGCAAGCUGCCAGUCAAGAUCAAGGCGCUCCCAGAGGGCACUGUGGUCCCGACCAAGACCGUGCUCAUCACAGUGGUUAACACAGACCCCGCCUGCUACUGGCUCACAAACUUUCUGGAGACGCUACUGGUGCAGGUCUGGUACCCCAUGACCGUUGCCACCAACAGCCGCUACCAGAAGUUGUCCAUCCAACAGUACUUGGAGGAGACCGGCUGUGAAGACUGGGCCCCUCCUGGAGGUUCCUCGUUCAAGCUGCACGACUUCGGCUUCCGAGGAGUCUCAUCAGUGGAGUCAGCCGCCCUGGGGGGCAUGGGCCAUCUGAUCAACUUUAUGGGAUCUGACACCGUGAUUGCGCUCUCUGCUGCGCAAGAGUACUACGGUGCCAAGAAGGCAAUUGGAUACUCGAUUCCAGCAUCGGAGCACUCCACGAUCACGUCCUGGGGCGUUGAGGGCGAGCUCGAUGCCAUGCGAAACAUGCUGGACCAGUAUCCGACAGGCCUUGUCGCCUGCGUGAGCGAUUCCUUCGACGUCUUCAAAGCUUGCAGGGAAUACUGGGGCGGUGAACUCAAAGAGAAGAUCAAAGGUCGCAUCAGUGAGACCAGUUUUGGGCAGCUCGUUGUUCGACCCGACAGCGGAGAUCCGGAAGAGACCUGCGUUGCCAUCAUGAAGAUCCUGCUCGAGUGCUUCGCGGAGGAUGUCACCGAGACCAAGACUGGACACAAGCUGCUCCCGCCAUGCAUCCGAGUAAUUCAGGGCGACGGUGUUGAUUACGAGUCCAUUCCGAAGAUUUUGAAGCGCUUCAAGGAAGAGGGCAUCGCUGCCGCAAACAUCACGUUCGGAAGUGGCGGCGCCUUGUUGCAGAAGGUCAAUCGCGACACGUUCAAGGUCGCGUUCAAGUGCGCAGAAAUCGUGCUCGAGAACGGCGAGGCCAGAGACGUCUUCAAGGAUCCGCUCACUGACGACGGCAAGGCUUCCAAGAAAGGCCGACUAACUCUGCAGAAGGCGUCGGACAUUGUCAGCUACUCCCCGGAAGAUGUGUACAAGCCGCGACAAGGGCCAGACGGUGUGAAAGGCGGUACUGGCUACCUGCACUUCACCCCAGAUGGCAAAUACGUCACCGUAGCGAGCGGCAGGGGUGAUCCAGAGAAAGACCUUCUGGUGGAUGUCUUCGCAGACGGCGAGGUUCUGAAGGACUACAAGAUCGGCGAAAUUAGAAAGCGCGCCGAUGUUCCACAUGGUCCCUUCAUCAAUUUGCCGGAGGAGCCUGAGGAGCCUGAGCCGGUCAAGCAGGUCCCAGCUGAGCCUCAGGCAAGAAUUCUUGUGCCAGGCCAGGGGAUGGCAAGGUCUGUUGUCGCUCCGACGUACAUCUCCAACAUGCCCCUCCAGCGCUUUCCCUACAUGCCCGGUCAGGGUGUGGUAAUGAUGCCGCCCGGCGCGGCCAAGGUUGGGACGGUCAUACAACACCCGAGCUUCGUCGCCGCACCGCAGGUGAACCGUCCGAGCUUUGUCGCUGCUCCUCCUGCCGCGCCCGGUCAGCCUGUAGCUCGACCGGCCAUGCCGCAGAUGGCGCCGAACUUUGUCAAUGCGCCACGCGUAGUUGCAGCACGCCCGAGCUACGUUGCGGGGCCUAUGACCACCACCGGGCAGAUCCCUCUGCAGGCCACGAUGCGACCAGGAGUUAUCAUGAACGCCGGCACCAUUCCGCAGAGGAGUGCAUCUGUUGGCUUCGGUAUGGGCAAUGUCGUGCAGCGAGCAAAUUGA